AUGACAUUUCGGAAAAAUAACAUUUGGCGAAUAAUCAUGCGUCCCGUAGAAAAUAUAGAAGAUGAUUUAGAGAAAGAUACAAAUGAUGUUGUAGAAGAUGGUACAGAAGAUGCUGCACAAGAUGGUGCAAAAGAAGUGGCACAAGGAGAUACAGAUGAUACUGUAGCAGAUGAUGCAGAAGAUAUUGUAGCAGAUGGUGCUGAAGAUAUUGUAGCAGAUGAAGAAGUUGCAAAAGAUGCUGUAAAAAAAGAGAAUUACGAUGUUCUUCAAAAUGGUACAGGAGAUUUUACAAAAUAUGAUAAAGAUGUUGUAGAAGAAAAUACAAAUCAUGAUGUACAAAAUGAUACAGAUGAUGUUGUACAAGAUGAUGCAAAAAAAGUUGCACAAGAAUAUGAUGCAGAAGAUGUUAUAAGAAAAGUUGAAAAUGUUGUAGAAGAAAGUACAGAAGUUGUUGUACAAGAAGAUACACAAAGUGUUGUAAAAGAUGGUAUAGAAGAUGCUGUACAAGAUGAUACAGAAGAUGCUGUAGAAGAUGAUACAGAAAUGCUGUACAAGAUGAUGCAAAAGAUGUUGUACAAGAAAGUACAAAAGAUGUUAUAG